AUGUCUUUGUCGUGGAAAUCACUGGCAGUGAAGAAAGCGAUCACUCGAGUGGUUCGGAAGCGCUUGAAGUUUGUGUCGAUGACAGCCGUCCAGUCGGCAGUCAUUCCUCUGUUUAUCGCCAACAAAGACUGUGCCGUCGAAGCCGUGACCGGAAGUGGGAAGACAUUGGCGUUUGUCAUCCCUAUUGUCCACAUUUUGUUGAGCAAAGCGGAGAAGGAGGCCAUCGAUGACACCGAUGUCGGCGCUAUUAUCCUGAGUCCCACUCGAGAGUUGGCUCAACAGACAUAUCAAGUGCUCAACCAUUUCGUUGUCGACAACCCAUCGAUUCCGUUGAAAGCGAUGCUAUUAAUCGGCGGAACAAAUGUCGGACAAGACAUCGAGAGGUAUAUGUCUUGUGGCGCCCAUAUUAUCGUCUCAACUCCGGGCCGUCUUUGCGGUCUUUUCUCCAAAUGCGAUCACUUUGCGAGUCGUGUCCGCAAAUGUCUGGAAGUGUUUGUCUUAGACGAGGCCGACCUCAUCCUUAACCUCGGCUUCGAAACCGCUUUAAAUGAAAUUUUGUCAUAUUUGCCGAAACAGCGAAGAACUGGUCUCUUCUCCGCCACUCAGACCAAGAAAUUGGAUCAUUUGAUUAGAGCUGGUCUUAGAAAUCCAGUCAAAGUGGAGAUCAAAGAGAAAUAUAGCGAUCCGUCGACCGCUGAUGAAUGCCUUCAAAUGCCACAAACCCUUCACAACAGUUACGUGUGUCUCAAGUCAUGCGAUGAGAAAUUGGCGUUUAUUAUAGAGUUUGUGAGACGAGAUCUGAGCGCCAAAUACCUGGUCUUCACGUCGACCUGCGCUCAAGUGAACUACUUUUCUAAACCCAUCAAUAAAUUCAUUCAACAAAAGGAUAAAAGUUUUGUUACAUUGAAAAUCCACAGAAAAUUACAGAAAAAUCGACAAAAAAUUUUCAAUGAGUUUCGUGAGAGUAAAAGCGGUCUAUUGUUUUGCACGGAUGUCAUGAGUAGAGGCGUUGAUAUACCGCAAGUGGAUUGGGUUUUGCACAUGGAUUUGCCCAAUACUAUUGAGGACUACGUCCACCGGUGCGGCCGAAGUGCACACCAAAUGGGAGUGAAUGGCAAUUCACUGCUCAUUGCUCUGCCAAACGAAACUGAAUUCAUUGAUUUGUGUCAAUCAAAGGGAAUAGAUGUGAAUCCAUUUGAUACCAAACUUACUAUCGAUGAUAACCUCAAACAGAGUAUCAUUGAGUCGAUGAAACGUGAGGCCAGAAGUGACCAAAACUAUUACGAGUUAGGAAUGCAAUCGUUUGUCGCAUUUAUUCGCACUUAUAGUUCAAAACACUGUAUGUCUAAUAUAUUGUACAAGAAGUUAGAUAUCAAUGAUUUGGCCAAUGGUUACGCUUUGCUUAAAAUACCAGUUAUGCCAGAAUUAAAACACAGACCCAGAGGUAAAACAGUAUUUAAUACGAGUGCUGAUGACAUACAAAUUGCCAAGAAUUUCAAGAGAGAAAGCUUUUUGGCAAAAGACCCGUCGGAUGUAUACGAGAGAAAACCAUUGACUAAAACCGUCUCAAAGAAGGUAUCGCUCAUUAAGAAGUGUAAACUGAAAGGAAAGCGCAAAAAGCAAUUUAUCGAUGAAUUAGAUAUACAAGAGUUGGCCGAAGACUCCAAAAUGGUUAAGAAACUCAAGAAAGGAAUAAUCACUUCCCAACAGUUUGACCAACACUUUGGCCUUUAA